AUGUUCACCUUCACGCCGCUGUUGGGCGCCCAGUCCGAGUCGGCUGCGUCGCAGUCGCUGCUGGAGCUGGAUGGAGGCGUCAAGAUCCUCGUCGAUGUCGGCUGGGACGAGUCUUUGGACGCCGAACAGCUCGUCCACAUUGAGCAGAACGUCUCGACCAUCUCCCUUAUUCUUCUCACUCAUCCGACACUGAACCAUCUAGGCGCAUUUGCGCAUUGCUGCAAACACAUCCCGCUCUUCUCCUCCAUCCCCGUCUAUGCCACAACCCCUGUUGUCUCGCUUGGCCGCACUCUCACCCAGGACCUGUAUGCCUCGGCCGCACAUCAAGCUUCAAUUGUUCCACCCUCAGCUCUCGCCGAAUCGCUUUCCAAGUCUCAAGUGCCCGCCAAUUUUCUGCUCCAGCCCCCGACCGCCGAUGAGAUUGCCUCGUACUUCUCCUUGAUCAACCCUCUCAAAUACUCCCAACCUCACCAUCCUAUUCCCUCGCCCUUCUCUCCCCCUCUCAAUGGCCUCACUAUCACUGCAUACAACGCCGGUCACACUCUAGGUGGUACUAUCUGGCAUCUACAACAUGGCCUUGAGUCUAUCGUCUACGCCGUCGACUGGAACCAAGCAAAAGAGAACGUCUUAUCGGGUGCUGCUUGGCUGGGAGGUGCUGGCGGUGGUGCUGAAGUCAUUGAACAGUUGCGCAGACCCACAGCCCUGGUCUGCAGUACAAAAGGUGCCGACCGAUCACAUCUUGCCGGAGGCCGCAAGAAGCGUGACGAUGCACUGCUCGCCCUGGUCAACCAGACCAUUUCUAAUGGCGGUACUGUUCUAAUUCCUACAGACUCUAGCGCUCGCAUGCUUGAAUUGGCCUACAUUCUGGAACACCACUGGCGACAAGGUACCAAUGGUCCCAAUCAGGAGCUUUACAAGAACACGAAGCUGGCCUUUGCCGCAAAAUCAGCUUCUGCCACAUUGCGAUAUGCUAGGAGUAUGAUCGAAUGGAUGGAUGAUGCAAUUGUGCGUGAGAUGGAGGCCGCCGUACAAGGAAGGUCUGAAAAUACCCAAAAGAGUCAGACUGGCCGCGACGAAGACACUCCCUUCGACCUGAAAUAUUUGAAGCUGGUCGAGAAGAAGACACAACUACACCGCAUUCUUGACUCUGGCAAGCCAGCUGUUAUCCUAGCAAGUGACAAGUCCCUCGAGUGGGGCUUUUCUAAUGAUGCCAUUCGCAAGAUUUGCAACGACCCAAGGAAUCUUGUCGUCUUGACCGAAAGAGCUGCAAACCCAUCACCAGACGACAAGGGUAUCGGUCGUUUCUUGUGGGAAUAUUGGCGCCAACAGGUCGAGUCACGGGAUGAAGACGCAAACGUUGUCGAGAUGUCGGGCGCGGAAACACAAGUACGCCACCUGGAUGUAGCACGUCUCGAAGGCGACGAGAACCUCCUCUAUCAACAAUACUUGGCUCGCAGACGCCAAAUGCACAGCACACUGCAAGGCGACAACACGCUCACAAAGGAAAACGCAGCAGAGUUGGCUGAUGAUGGCUCCUCUACCAGCUCUGAAUCCUCUGAUGAGUCUGAGAAUGAGCACCAAGGAAGGGCACUCAACAUCUCUGCAACCAUGACACACAGACGCAAAGUAGGUCUGACAGAUGCUGAGCUCGGAAUCAAUGUUCUCCUACGACGCAAGAACGUUUACGAUUAUGAUGUACGCGGUAAGAGAGGACGCGAAAAGGUGUUCCCCUAUGUUGCCAAGCGCGGUCGCGCAGAUGACUUUGGUGAGGUGAUUCGUCCGGAAGAAUAUCUUCGUGCAGAAGAGAAGGACGAUACAGAUGGCCAAGACGCAACAGAAGCCAAGACAGAAACUGCUGUUGGACAAAAGCGAAAAUGGGAUGAAGUCGCACCUCGGGCUAUUCAAAACGGUCGGACUGACAAGAAGAGCAAGACCGAUGAACGAGACUCUACAAACGCAAAUUCGACAAGUCAGGAUCAUGACAUGAAUGGCGACGCAGCCAGCGAGUCAGAAGAGUCUGACUACGAGCCUGAAGAAGCACUACCAGAAGGACCUCUCAAGGCUGUGUUUUCCAAAGUUUCUUUACAAUUCAACCUGAGGAUAGCCUACAUCGAUUUCUCUGGUCUUCACGAAAAGCGCGAUCUGCAAAUGCUUAUCCCCCUCAUUCGACCAAGGAAGCUGAUUCUGGUUGCUGGAGAAGAAGCUGAGACGCUUGCGCUUGCUGAGGAUUGCAAGAUCUUGCUUGCAACUGGCGAAGGUAAUGCGGUCGACAUCCUCACGCCAAUCAUUGGUGAGACUGUUGAUGCUAGUGUCGAUACAAAUGCAUGGACACUUAAACUCAGUCGAGACCUGGUCAAGAAGCUCGCCUGGCAAAACGUCAAGGGGCUUGGCAUUGUGGCUGUCACAGGUCGUCUCGAGGCCGUACAGAAGAUGCUCGCUGCUGCGGAUAGUAAUGGAGACGAGGCUAUUAAGAGAAAGAAACAAAAGAUGAUUGAGGGUGGUGACGAGGCCGAUGCACCUGACCAAGCCGACGAUGUUGAACUUGAGACGGAGCCUGUCCUUGAUGUGUUAUCAACCAACCCCUCAGCCAACAACCAAAUCACAACACAGCCACUACAUGUUGGCGACCUUCGUCUUGCUGAUCUGCGAAAACUUAUGCAAGCUUCUGGUCACGCAGCAGAGUUCAGGGGUGAAGGCACACUGUUGGUUGAUGGUACUGUGGUUGUCCGCAAGACUGCUAAUGGCAGAAUUGAAAUUGAGGGAGGCAACUACAUGGCAUAUGCUGGACGUCGGGAAAGUGCAUUCUUUGCAGUCAGACGCAAGGUGUACGAGGGUCUGGCUGUCAUUGCUGGUAGUUGA